AUGUCUGAUCCCCCUGCUUCUCCUCCUCGGACACCUUCACCCGCGCCCAGUUAUCAUACUGAGGCUCCUCCGCAUCCCGCGCCCGAAGUGCCUGCGACCGCCAAUGAGCCUGGUCCCGUUAACGCGCCCGCUCCCAUUCCCGAGCCGCCGGCCUUACAGCCUCAGCCUCAACCUCAGCCUCAGGCCGAGGAGGCUCUGCCUCCCAUGGCCGUCGCCAUCACGCUUCCACGCUUCAUCUCGCCUGAUAGCCCGGUCGCCGACUUCAACCGCCUGAUUGCUGCUACGACUGGCUGGUUUUAUGCCAUGUCCUUCGGGCUCAACGGGAUGUGGGGUCUGUGCCUCGACUGGUCGAAGUGUGCUCCCUACGUGAUCGGUGUUCGCGGUGCUAUAUUCAAGAAGUAUCGUUCCAUAUAUGAAGCCAUCGCCGUCCUUCUUGGUUUUCGCGCCGACCGCAAUCUGCCGCCCAUCCCGAUCCCCAUCAAUCCGACCGAGCCGCCCGUUGAGCCUGAAUCUGACGACGGCGAGGACGAGGACGAGCAAUUGCCCGCCUUGGCUGCACCGGCUCCGCCACCUCCCACCGCUGCCUCGAACCUUCCCUUCGCUGAGGGUGUCGAGACUGCUUGGGGCCCUGCAUUGCUGCAUGGUCAGGCUCACGGUGCCAUGGCUGACGUCCACUGGAACCUCGUCUCCGCUGCUGACGCCAUUCUCCUCUCGCCUGCGCCUUCUAUGCCUAGCCUAGACUCGGCUUCAGAGUCGUCUGUCUCUUCGAUCACCGCCGUUUCGACACAGGCUUCCGCACCGGCUGCGGCUGCAGUUCCCGUGCCUGUUGUAUCGAACUCAGCCCUCGGUACCAUGAACAUGCCCGCUGCUUCUGGUUCGACGAACAUCCGCGCGGGAAGCUCGGCGACUCAACCGGAGCUUCCUGCUUCGCUCAUACACCAGGUCCUCACCAACAUGGACGCGCGCUUCCGUGCACGCGUCGCUAGGGCAGAGCAGUCCGUCAUUGAUCGCGAUGAUGCCGAGCUAGCCGCGCGUUUUGCUGAGCUCGACGUCGUUGUUGGCUUGCAGGAUGUGCAUGCACCGCGUGACGCGCCUAACGACGCGUCUGCCGAGAAUGACCCCAUUAUCGCCUUGCUCCAGGAGCAGGCGUCAAUGGCAGACAGCGUCGCACCGCAGGGCGCCUUCCACUCCCUCAACCUCGUCGACGGCGUGGUGCAGAAUGGCCCUCUCGAUGCCGUUCGCAUUGAGGACGCCGUCAUCUACACCCAUCUGUCUGAUGUUUGGGUCGAGUCGGCGCAGUCUCGCAUUCCUUUACUCUCGGUGGCCCGUUCCCGCGCGCAUACGGAGCUGUUGGCCUCUCAGGAUUAUGAGCGCUCUGCCGAGCUCGCUCGUGAGGCUGGCGCCUCGAACGAUGUGAUACAGACUCAUCAGCAGGAGGCGAUGAUCCGUCUGGAGAGCUCUAUUCGCCUCGCCCGCCUCGCCGACUCGCUCUACGCUCAGAUCGUGUCGCUACUCUCCAAUGCGCAACGCGAGCACGGACACGCUACUCUGAUUCGCCGCCGGUUCCGCGCCCAGAACCCGGAUGCUGACGUCGACGUGCAGGGCACGGAGGGCAAGGGUAAAGGUCGCGCGAAGUAG